ACCACGUUGCCGCAUAGCGAGACUGCCGUGACAUGGGCACAGGAGCACGUAGAGGUAAUCGUCGGGGUAGCCUUCGCCUGGUUCAUCCUUGUUGUCCUACUAUUCUCAGGCGUCUACAUGAUCAAAAGGCGGCGCCGAUCCCGGAGAUCUGACCUCGAGAAGAACCGACUGGUCAUUCGUCCCAUCAGCACCAUCUCAUCUAGCUCUUCGUUUGCGUCCCCAAACCCUAUCGCCUGGAUUCGACCUCUUCCGCCAAUCCGAGCAAGUGUUGAUGAAAAGGGUUCUACCAAUCUUCGAUUAUCAUUAUCCUCAGGAUCAAGCUACGAUUCGCUGCAGUCUGAAACUUUGCUCAAUCCUUCUCUACCAUUUGGUCAAGGGCAUCAUCCAACGAGCAUCGGCAAAGCCACCAGGAUAAGCCAAUUACGAUUGGCGCGAGGGACAUUCGCGUCCUUAAUUCCUAGUCAGCCGACUCCAUCACCUCUACGAGCCAUAGCGUCUCCCCAGAUCUCAGGUGAAGGGACGCUUCGACGUAUCUCCAUGAGUCUAGGGUGGGAAAGACGACAGCGACUGGACCGACCUCCACCUCAGAGGCCUCCAAGUCAUGUUGAUCUGGAUCUCCCUCCGCCAUUGCCCCUCCUUUCUUCGCCCGACUCUUGGGACAGACCCCGUGCUAGCUUCGGACCCAGUCACAGUCCUCGAUCGGAUAUCGUAGCAGAAUUCACUAUCAGUCCCUUUGGCGAAUUCAUGGAUUUGCCAUACAGCGCGAGGGGGUAGCAUGCGAACGUUACACUGAGGAUCCCUUAAAUUGCCAUUACUAGCAUCUAACCCCUCUGUCACACGUGAUGAGUCGGACGUACCCAUCUUUCAUGUAGCCAUUCGAUGCAUGUACCG